CAACGACGCUAACACCCAGCCUUCCCUCUGGCAUCAGCUUGCCUCAGCACAUCUACCGCAUCUGCCUCAUCUACCGCAGCCACCAUGAUCGCCCUGCUGUCCACCCCCAUCGACCUGGCCUCGAAGGCUUACUCUGAUCCCAUCAACACCGCUACCACCGUUAUCUCAGGAGCCACUCAGCUCGCCGGCCCCUACAUCGAGCGUGCCCUCGCCAUCAAGGACGCUGCCGUCCAGACUGCCCGCACCAUCACCCCGGCACCCGUCCUGGUCGUUGCCGACCGAACGCUCAACUGCUCGCUUUCGACCCUGCAUGUCCUCAAGGACACCACCUGGACCACCAUCGGCAGCGCCACCAAGACCUUGACUGCUACCAAAGACGGCAUCAACCACCAGAUUGACGCUUCCCGCAAGGGCAUCAACACCCAGUUCAACGCCACCCUCGGAUACACAAAGACGACCGUCACCCAGAUCACCACCCGAGCCGACGCCCUCGCCCAUCCCUACAUCGAAUACGCCAAGCAAACCGGUCUGCCCUACGUCGUCUACUUUGAGGACGCCGCGCGCCCGUACAUCCUCAUCGCCAAGGAUAUUGCCCAGCCUUACAUCGAAAAGGCUUCGGAGACCAUUGUCCCCUACACCAAAAUCGCCCAGCACGUGGCCGAGCCCUAUGUUGCCAAGGCCCUGCCGUAUGUCACCAAGGCGCAGGAGACGGUUUCGCCUGUCCUGCCGGUGAUCCUCCAGCUGCCCUUCAUCCGCAUCUGGGUCAAUUCCAAAGGCGACGUCCAGAUGGAGAAGGUCGAGGAGAUUGAGGAGAACUCGGAAGCCUCGGACGGCCCCACCCUCGAGGAGAACUCUGCCGACGACGAGGAUCUCUAGACACACGGCCCUCCGCCCGUACCCCAUGCAUCCCCAAUAGUGUAUUUAUUCGCACCACUUUGCAUCUGUACACCCCCUCCCUUGCAGUUUUGUUGUUUUUGCAUUGUGUUUCACGAUCGGCAAACCGUGCCAUUAAUUCUAUCAGUUGUCGUCUCAAUGGAUUCGCAGCUUGCCCUGCCUGCCACACUUGCAUUUGAAUCUGCAUUUGAAUCUGCUGCCGCUCCUGAGCUGGAGCCGAAGCUGUGCUGAUAUUGCACUGCGGCCGACUGUCUCGCCUCUGCCGCCGUUCAGCGCUGGCGGGUCUUUCUGAGCGCCGAACUGUCCACGCUCCUUCCACCCGAGACACAAUACCGUACGUCGCUCGUUGUAGUACUAUCUUUGCAGCACUUGCCAAAAUCAAUAGUAAUCACCUGUCGAUUUGACACAAA